AUGGGGAUGGACGAGGUGGGCAGGGAGGAGCUGGGAAGCCUCCACGGCAUCCCCUUCUACAAGUCCUUCAUAGAGGGCUGGCCGCAGGUGGAGGCUUUCCAAGCCCGGCAUGAUGACCUGUUGAUCGCCACCUACCCCAAGUCAGGCACGACAUGGCUGAGCGAGAUCCUGGACAUGAUCUACCAUGACGGCGAUGCAGAGAAGUGCCGGCGGGAUGCCAUCUUCAACCGGGUGCCCUUCCUAGAGAUGAAUGCCCCCAAGAUACCAAGCGGCAUCGAGCUGCUGGAGAAAACCCCAUCCCCACGGCUGGUGAAGACCCACCUGCCAGUCCAGCUCCUCCCAGCCUCCUUCCAGGAGAAGGACUGCAAGGUAAUCUACAUGGCCCGCAACCCCAAGGACGUCGUUAUCUCCUACUACUACUUCUACCAGAUGGCCAAGAUACACCCCGACCCUGGCACGCUGGCUGAGUUCCUGGAGACCUUCAUGAAUGGAAAAGUGGCCUACGGGUCCUGGUAUGAGCAUGUGAGAGGCUGGUGGGAGAAGAGGCAGGAGAAACGGCUCCUCUACCUCUUCUACGAGGACAUGAAGAAGGACCCACAGCGUGAGGUGCAGAAGAUCUUGCAGUUCCUGGGCAAGGAGGUGCCAGAGGAGACAGUGGCAAGGAUCCUCCACCACACCUCCUUCCAGGAGAUGAAGAAGAACCCCGCCACUAACUAUGAGACCAUGCCCCCCUCGCUGAUGGACCACAGCCUCUCCCCUUUCAUGCGGAAAGGCAUCUCUGGAGACUGGAAGAACCACUUCACCGUGGCGCAGAACGAGUGCUUUGACCAGCACUACCAGCAGCACAUGGCGGGCUCAGAACUCUGCUUCCAGAUGGAGGUGUGAGGGGCACCCACCCCCG